UGUCAAUUAAUUUAGUGCGAGUCAGUCCAGCUUCCCUAGAAACUAGAGCUCCCUGCAGUUCGGGUUUUGAAAGGUGUCUGUUUUAGGCUAGAAAACGUUUGAAAUGCCAGCCCAUGCCAAAGUAUUCAUUAAUUAUGGCCCUUACGAGGCUAAUGGGAUCGUGGAACACAGAGAGACUAGACUAGAAGGUCUACGAACUGUAUUGAGAAAUGAUGGACACAGCAGUCAACUGGUAAAGAUAGAUGACCGCAACACUGUGGAAGUUUACGUUAAUGGAGAACUAAUUUACAAAUGUGACAUCCGAGAUUUGGACCAUGGUGGAGAUGGUGGACUGGAUGACCUCUGUAAGGAGGCCCUAACAGCUGUCAGAAAGGCUUUCUAAGCCCUAUGCAGCAUAGGUUGGAGGCUGGGAGGUGAACAGCCUGAACAAAGGUGUCAGGGGUUGGGGGUCAGGGGUGUAUUGUACAACUGUUACUGUAGCUAACUUUCAUUCUUGCUCAAUCAGUAUCAGUGUAUUGUUCCUUGUCCUAUAUAAUGGUGGCCUGUCAAUACUUAUAAGGAUACUGCAAUUGCCCAGAAAAGUGAGAUCACUUGAAAACAUAAUUAAUAUUUUUUGUUUGUUAAUAUAAAAUUAUGGUGAACUGUACUUUUACCAAUAUCAGGAAUCACUUCUUAAGUUUUGUCUCUAUUUUUUUGUAAUGAGAUAAGUAUGUGUUUCCAUUUACCUUCCACAUUUGUGCAAUACGACUCAACUGCAUGGAGAUUAGUUUUUAUAGAAGAAAUUAGUAAAUUCACUUUGAUGAAUUAGACAAUUAGUACUUUGAUAAACCAUGUCAAAUUCAGACACUUGAAAUAUAUUUGUGGUGAAAAUCUUAUAAAUGAAGACUGAAGUGUUUGAAUGUUCAGCUACAGUUUUGUUUCAGUAGAUAAUCGAGUUUGAUUAUUCUCUAGUUUGGGCGUUUUUUUUGUUUAUUUCCUUUGUUUACUUAUAAUUGUUUAGAAACAUUUAACAACGUUUUUCUGUUCUAUAGUAGGAUUAUUUUAGCACAUUGUUCAGCGUAAUUUUCUGUCGUUUAUAACUUCUUCCUUUAUGCCAAUACUUUGCCACACUAAGCUGAUAAAAGACAAACAAUUGGAUAGUUUCAUGAUAAAACAAAAAUAUGACUGUGGUUACCAUUUUUGUCUUGUCAAUGUUGUAUGAAUAAAAACAUCAUUGCUAUUGACUCUUUUGUAAAAAUAUCAUAUCAGUACUGUACAUUGAACAGCAAUAAAAUAUUGUAACAUUU